CUUUUGCUAAUUUGAAAGCAGCUUUAUCAGGAUGAAGUGCAUUGUUCUGCUAGUCUUCUUGUCCAUGCUGAGCCUGAACAUGGCUGCUCCGCAACGGGAAGUUUCUGUGAAAAAAACUGAAAUAAGUGUGCAAAAAAAAUUUGAUCGCAUGGCUGCUCCGCGCCAGGACCGUUGGGUUGGGGGAAUGAUUGGUCCCGUUGGUCACCCCAGGGACGGACGGUUUGGGGGAGUGAUUGGUCCCAUUGGUCACUCCAGGAGGGACGGACUACCGCCUAUUCUCCCUGGUUCAUCUGGCAUGGGUCGCGACAGGAGGGACGGACUACCGCGUAUUCUCCCUGGUUCACCUAUGGUAACGAUGGAUCGAGUCGGAAUGAAUGAACCUGGUGGCAGUAAGGUUUUCAGAGAAGUUCAUAAAAAAAAACGUGUUAUCGACCAAGCAAGCGGGAAAAUUAGUGAGAAGACAGUAGAUGCGAGAUCCGUGCGUAUUAAGAACCACUGAAAUGAAGCUUCGAAGUGUGCGGCAUGCUCUUUCUACCAUUCAUGAUCAUAAUGCGACAUCGUAAAAUUCAUUCUCUUCAAAAAAUGUUUCACAUUCGACUUCAAUAAAGCUUUUGGCCUGCUUUCA